CAAAGCGGACAACUAGCGAGCUAACCGUUAUGCCAAUAAUUAUUUUCCACCGCAAAAAAAACGUUCUAAAAUUGAGAGUAAAGCAUCUGCGGGGACAGUUUCAAAACGGUAUACAUAGUUAUUAUCUAAUGACAUGUUCUUUCUAAUGACAUGAUACGUAAUUUAACAGUUUCAUGGAUCGUAUGUAACGUUAGCUAACCAGUAGCUAACUGGUUAGCCUUUCAGUGAGGCUGCAGUGAUUCGGGUAAGUUAGCAACGUUACUGAGCAAAAUGAAACUAAACUGUAUGGUUGCAAUUGUAAGUGAUCGUCUGCCAAUUAGAGGAUGUGACAUUUUUUAGUUUAUAUCAUCCCUUAAUUCUCUACUACAAAACAUAAAAGGUCUGUAAUCAAAUCUUUACGAGUAACGUAACUCGGAUAGGCAGAUAAAAGCGUGCUAGUAGAUAACGGGUUGAUUGAAAAACACGAAGAAAAUCAGUCAGGAACGUCAGAAAUCAGAACGGCUGUCAUGAAAUAAUAAAUCCCAGUUCAAGCACUUGGGGGGGAAAUGUUCAAUCUGAUGGCGAACUGCUGCAACUGGUUGAAACGAUGGAGAGAACCUGCAAGGAAGGUGACAUUAUUAAUGGUUGGACUGGACAAUGCUGGAAAAACAGCUACUGUCAGAGGAAUCCAGGGAGAAAGUCCUCUAGAUGUAGCACCUACAGUGGGCUUCUCAAAGGUGGACCUUAAGCAGGGAAAGUUUGAGGUCACAAUCUUCGACCUGGGUGGCGGGAAGCGUAUCCGCGGCAUAUGGAAAAACUACUACUCUGAGUCUUACGGAGUGGUGUUUGUUGUGGACUCCAGUGAUGUUCAAAGGAUCCAGGAGACCAGAGACACAAUGGCUGAGGUUCUCCGGCACCCUCGUAUUGCAGGCAAACCUGUAUUAGUACUGGCUAAUAAACAGGACCAAGAUGGGGCAUUGGCUGAAGCAGACAUCAUUGAGACCCUGUCAUUGGAGAAGCUUGUCAACGAGAAUAAAUGCCUCUGUCAGAUUGAACCCUGUUCUGCAGUGCUGGGUUAUGGUAAGAAGGUUGACAAAUCCAUCAAGAAUGGUCUUAACUGGCUGCUGAAUAACAUUGCCAAGGACUACGAGGCAAUUUCAGAGCGUGUGCAAAGAGAUACAGCUGAGCAGAAGGCUCAAGAAGAAAAAGACAAGAAGGAAAGGGCAGAGAGAGUCCAGCGGAUCAGAGAGGAGAGAGACAGACAGGAGCGAGAAGAAGCAGAGCGAGAAGGAAGGACAUUGAAAGAGGAAGAUCUAGAUGACGUCAACAUACCCAACCCUUUCCAGGCAAUAAACAAUGUUGUUAAUGAGAAUGAAGACAGACUAAACAAAGAGAAAGAGAUGCAAAGAAAAAGAGAAAAUGGCCAGCAGGGCAGUGUGCAAGAACAGACAGUCCUUCAAGAUGAGGAUGAAGAUGAAGAGGAGGAAGAUGAAGAGAGCAACAGACAGACCCCGGAGAGCACAGAAUCAGGAGCAGUGGACCAGAACAAAAAGAAAACUAGGAAAUUACGAUUAAAACGUAAGCACAGAGUCGACCCUCUCAGAGUGGAAGAAGCAGCACCCAAAAACCCAACCCCUCCUCCCUUACCAGUUGGAUGGGCUACUCCUAAAACUUCUAGGCUCCCCAAACUUGAGCCUCUUGGAGAUACAAGACAUUCUGCAAGCCUCAGCCACAUCCUUCCUGUACAAUCAUCUGUCAACAGAAAUACCACAACCAUCCACCUUAAUAUUGUGCCUAAUAAAUGCUACAAGCAUGAUCUCCUUAACGCCUCACUUACUGCGUUGUGACUAAUGUGUGUUAUUUGAUUCCUGAUGCUUACAGGAAACAUUUUGGACAUUCUGAAUGCUGCAUGUAAUGUUGUGUCCCCUCUUCUGAAUGUUAAACCAGGCAGUGUGUCAUUUUGAUCUAUGAAUUUAAUGAUGUAGUGUACUUUUGUAGUACUUAGUUAGCUGAUCCUUGAUUUAAAAAAAAAGAACAUUGCUGACCUAAAUCUUUUUUUUUCCCAUGACUCUCUUUCAU